UUCAGUUUUAGUUUGUCGCAGGUUCGGGAACGAUAGAAAUCUAAAAAGUCAAUCCGCGAGAUCAAAAUGAGUGCGGAAUCGGGCCAACAAGAUGUUGAGUCGAAGCCAAAAUCGGUGGCAGGAGAUCCCAGUGCUGGUCACGAAUACGAGGAAGUGCUUCAGUUAAUCGGAUUCGGAAGAGUGCAAUGGAUUGUCCUUUUUGCGGCAGGACUUCUCCUGAUGAUGGUCAUCAACGAGACAAUGGGCAUGUCCUACAUAACGAUCGUAUCCCAGUGCGAUUUUAACAUGAACUCAGUGGAUAAGGCGAUCAUGAGUGCUGCCAGUUUUAUCGGCAUAUUCUGUUCAUCCUACUUUUGGGGCUACCUGAGUGACACUAUUGGUCGAAGGCCAGUAUUGAUAUAUACGACGAUCGCCGGAAAUGUCUUAUCCUUAUGCUCCACAGUGAUUCCGAGUUACUGGUUUUACGUCUUCAUUCGUUUCGGAGUUGGAUUUUUCAUUGCGGGAGCAUCAUCAACAACCUAUGCGUAUCUUGGCGAGUUCUUCACUCCCCGUCACAGACCUAUCGCUAUUAACUAUGCUAGUCUUUUUGUGGGAAUUUCCACCGUUUAUGUCCCAGCAACUGCCUGGUUAAUCCUUUCAAUGGAUUGGAGUGUUAGUAUAACGGAGGACUUUUCAUUCCGUCCUUGGCGAUUGCUAACAAUUUGCUAUUUGCUGCCUGGUGUCAUAGGAACACUCAUGUUGUGGUCCCUUCCUGAAAGUCCCAAGAUCCUAAUGUCCCUGCAUAAAACUGAAGAGGCUUUCGCUGCCGUCGAUUGGAUUGCAGUAACGAAUUCCGGUAAACACUUGCAUGAAUUCAAGGUUCAUAAGCUGAAAACAGAAGACCAUUCGGAUGGAGAAAAUAUUUUACUUAUUUCGAAGUCAGCGUUCACCACAAUCAAGAAAAUGUGGAAGGAAACUUUGCCUUUGCUGCAAAGACCUCAUUUGGUUAACUUCGUUAUUAGCUGUACAAUAAUGUGUGGUCUGUUUUUCAGUUCUUCGGGAAUGGGUCUUUGGUAUCCAGAAAUACAAAAUCGUUUGGGUUCCAAUGAAGCUGAAGAUUCAAUGACAGUUUGUCAAGUUAUCGAUGCAUCAAUAGAUCAAAUGGAAGCCAAUGCUACUAAUAAGAUUUGCGACGAUCAUAUCAACACAAAGAGCUACAUAGACACCAUCACCUAUGGAUCUGCCCUAAUUGUUGGCUACAUUGUGAUGGGUCUGAUUAUAAACACAAUUGGUCGCAAGGCCUCAAUUUCGAUUGGCUUGACAUUGGCCGGAGCUUGUGCAGUGGCAUUAAUCUUUAUCAAAGACGAGGUGGUAAUUGUGGUUUGCUUCUGCUUAUAUCUCGUAUUGCCGGGACUUUGUGUCUCGAUUCUGAGUGGUGCGGUCGUAGACCUUGUACCCACUCACCUUCGCGGAAAAGCCGUCUGUAUUUGCCUCAUGUUGGGGCGUACGGGCAGCGUUUUUGGCAGCAAUAUCAUCGGAGUUCUUCUAGAGUCGUAUUGCUCUCUCACUUUUGGGGUUUUCUCUGGAUUUGUUCUGGUUUGUGCGAGCUUGACGUUGCUGUUACCCAUUUGAGAUUUGCCAUUAUAAUUUAAGUAGGUUAGUUAGUUAGUAAUAUAUGUACCAUUUAAAUAAAUGUUUUAAUUUAAGAAUGUACAUGAAAAUAAAUAUAUU